AUGUGGUGUUUUCUACUUUUAGUCUUACUAUCAGAGCAGUUAAAAAAUUUUAUUGAAAUCAUUAAAUUAUUCAAGCAAAAUGCAAGAUCACUGAAUUCAAAAAUUCCUCCUACACCAAUUGUGAAGCCAAUAGAAGAGAAUAAGCUGCCUCCUAGAACAAAGAUAGAUCAAAAAACUAUUGACCUCCUAGAACGGUUGUCACUGGUGGACUUUGCUAAUAAGAAAGGAAUAGAACGUCUGGAAGAUGCUAUAAGAUUUGCAGAUCAGAUUCGUGUGAUUGAUACAACUGGUGUGGAACCCAUGAUAUCUGUACUUGAGGAUAGAACUCUUUAUCUUCAUGAUGACAUUGUUACAGAUGGAAAUUGUCGCAAAGAAGUCAUGUCAAAUGCUGCUCUAACAGAAGAAAGUUAUUUUGUGGCCCCGCAGGGCAACAUUCCUCUCAUUCCCCGAGAUUCCUUACUAACAGAAGAUGAAAAUCUGGACCAGAAAUAGUGUUUCCAGUUUUGUAACUU